AUGACCGUGGUAAUAGACCUUGACAAGCAAGAAUUGACGCACAAUGUGCUUAUAUACCUUGACAGCGACGAUGUGGCGAGAAUGGCGCGCGUCGGCAAUACUUUUCAAGCAGAGGCCGAGCGCCUCCUUUCGCGAAGGAGGACCAAUUGGGAAAAAUCACUGCGGAAGCCCGACAUGUACAGGUGCGGACUCGGAGUUGACGUGGAUCCCACUACCAAGUAUUCUGGUCAGGGGUCACGUCUAGUACAAGAACUCAUCUUCUGGUAUUCACACGAGGACAAUUUGGACUCGAACACUUUGGACAUGCUCGUCAUUGAUCAGCUGUGCGAGGGCUUAUUGCUAAUGACAUCCCUGAAGCACUUAACAAUACGUCUUCCGGGUAAGCCAGAAUUUGAGGUUCUUGAAGCCAUAAAUUCUACGCUCGCUCGUUGCACAUUCUCCUUGAAGACACUUUAUCUACCUGAACAUUUCGAACUGUUUCCCUGGAUUCUAAACCAACCUGAACUCAAAAUAAUCGCGGUGUAUACCUGGAAUUAUAUCUGGGGAUUUGACAAGGACAAGCAUUUGAGCUGUCAACGAUGGCUUUCAAAUUCGCCCUGCUUCCGAAACUCUCCAACCUUUUUCAUUCUUUCUCGAAGAGACCAGGAGAUGAAUGUAAUCUCCGCCUUCCUCACUUUCUCCCCUCAAUGGAGUGCAAAGCUCAUUAAUGAUUCCCUGGAACGCUUUUAUGAAAUCCCACGGAACAUCACUAAGUUAGGUCUGUACGUGCAAACUAUGGACGAACUGGAUGAUAGGAAUGUCCUGUCGGUCAUCAGGUCAAUCUCAGAUCACUUCGUCAACAUAGAUUCCUUGGACUUAUUUGUGGGAGACUGUAUGAUUCACCUGGUGAGGCUACCCAGCAUUUUGUCACCGUUGCUGGCAGCGUCAAUUGACGACUUUGCCCAAAAGAAUCCUGAAGCUCUUGCCUCAGUACUCUCGUGCCUUACAGGCGAAUUUCAACAACUGGAGAUUCAAUUUUGGGAACGGCCAUCGAAUCGGAAGGACAAUCCACUGGCCUACUCCUUCCAUUAUCAAAAAUUAAAGCUUUGCAAGAUCUGGUCAGAGCGAUGCCCAAGUUUGGCUUACAUCGGCUUUCCAGAUUACACUGGCAGGGAAAUAGAUUUAGGAUGGAAGACAGGAGUGAUUUUCUGA